AAAAAAUGUUAAGCCAACAUAAUUUGCAAAGCAGUAGAAAGAAUAUUGGAAAUAUUUCAAGUUAAUAAUUGUAAAAGUUCUAGGAAAAUGGACUAUAUUAAUUUAUUUUGAGCAAAAACAGGGCGAAGGAGAAGAUGGUAAAAAAAUAAAAAUAAAUCACUCCUUUAAGGCAGAUUCGUCCUUCGACUGCUUUUGUAGAUUCCAAGGGAAAACAGAAGUUCUAGAUGAAUUUUGGAUUGUAAUUGGAGAGUUUCAGCACUUUAUAACCUAAACAUUAAAUUUUUGAGGAACAUCAGAAAAAUAACUCCCAGCACUAAGCAUCAACCACCCCUCAUCAGAAGCUUUAUGUAAAUGAUCAGAAGAUAUUGAGGGCAAUGUCAGCAUUGAGGAAGAUCAAAAAUUAAAGGGCUUUUCGCCCUUGCCCAUUCACUUUAGGAUUUAAUAUAGAGUAAUGCUCCAUAAAACCAAAGACAAUAAAAUAACGAUCAAUUAGUCAAUUAUAGUAAAUAAAAAGUUUAAAUCGAACGGAGAUCAUGAAAUAUAAACGACAUGAAUCUCCAUAAACAGUUCAAAAACCAAGCAUGCAAAGUUAGUUCACAAAAUGGGAGUAGUAUGAUGAUAGCAAUUUAUUUGAUCUAAAUUUCUUGAACAAUAAUCUCUUCAAAUACGAACUUUGA